AUGGGUAACUGCGAUAGCAAGAGUGCAGAGUCUGGCAGCGAAGUGAUCAUCACAAAGCUGCAGCAAGUCCCAAACACAGGCAUCCAUGAGAGCCUCCAGAAUCUUCCUGUGCGAAGCAACGAGAAGAUGGGUUGGAAACCCGACAUGCCGGAUCACCGGGAUCAUCACGUCAAGUUCAAGGACGUGGAGCCGAAGCCUGGGAUCCAAAAGCGGAUGAACGGCAACGGAGACGAGAUUAUUGACCUCCGACCCGAUGAGGCAUUCCCCAUCUUCGACCAAGGACACCUGGGCAGCUGUACCGCAAACGCGCUUGCCGCCGCCUUCCACUUCACCCUCCACAAGAUGACCGUGGAGGACCACCCGUACUUCAAGGAUUUUACUCCCAGCCGACUGUUCAUCUACUACAACGAGCGUCUCGUAGAGGGCUCUGUUGACCACGACGCUGGAGCAUGCCUGCGCGACGGGAUCAAGACCAUGGCACAGAUUGGAGUGUGUCCAGAACUCAGCUGGAAGUACGACGACAAAGGCGACUUCUUCAAGCAGGAGCCAGAUUGGACCUGCUAUGAGCUUGCCAAGAAGUGCAAGGUCGUCGGCUAUGCGAGGGUGGCGCAGGAGCUGACACAGAUGAAGAUGUGCAUCAAGAACGGAUACCCCUUCGUUUUUGGCUUCGUCGUCUAUCCCAGCUUUUCCAAAGCAGCGGCGGACGGAAAGAUGUGCUUUCCGGAAGCCGGUGAGCAACCUCGGGGAGGCCACGCAGUGACUGCAGUUGGCUACGACGACUUCCAGGAGUGCUUCAUCGUCCGAAACAGCUGGGGCGAGGGGUGGGGUGACAAGGGAUACUUCUACAUGCCCUACGAGUACAUCUGCAAUCCGGACCUCGCGCACGACUUCUGGUCCAUCGAGUGGGUCAAGUCCUUCGAAGACGCAGGUCCACCAAGCAUGGGGAACUGCAACGCGAGCAGCGUGAGCUCCAGCAGCGAGCUGCAGGUGGGAGCGGCACAGAGGCAUCCGAGCCUCAUGUCCCUGCCCAUGCGAACAAACAUGAAGUUCGGGUGGAGACCGGACAUGCCAGACCACCGUGACCUCCGCGUGACCUUUGACAAGGUUGAUGCGCCGAGCCACAUCCAGAAGAAGUCCGAGGGAGAGAAGGAGAUCAUUGACCUGCGACCCAUGAACGGUGGCUUCCCCAUCUUCGAUCAGGGACAUCUCGGCAGCUGCACAGCAAACGCUUUGGCAGCAGGCUUCCACUUCACCCUCCACAAGAUGCAGGUGGAAAACCACAAGGAUUUCGCAGACUUCACUCCCAGCCGACUGUUCAUCUACUACAACGAACGACUCGUCGAAGGCAGCGUGAACCAGGACGCUGGGGCGAUGAUUCGUGACGGCAUCAAGGUGAUGUCUAAGGUCGGAGUGUGCCCGGAGAGCAUCUGGAAGUACGACGAUGGACCAGAUUUCUUCAAGCAGCAGCCAGACGACAAGUCUUACGAGCUGGCGCAGAAGUGCAGGGUCAUGGGCUAUGCCCGUGUGGCACAAGACCUCAGCCAGUUCAAGGCAUGCCUCAAGAACGGAUACCCCUUCGUCUUCGGCUUUGCCGUCCUGACAAGCUUCCAGACAGCGGAGGUUGCCCGGACCGGCAAGAUGGUGAUGCCGCAGGCAACCGACCAGCAGCUGGGCGGCCACGCCGUGUGCGCCGUAGGCUACGACGACUUCCAGCAGUGCUUCAUCGUCCGCAACUCCUGGGGAGAAGCGAACUCCGAUCACUUAGGAGCAACUGUGGGACGGUGGGGCGACAAGGGCUACUUCUACAUGCCUUACGAGUACAUGUGCCAUCCGGCGCUUGCCUCUGACUUCUGGGCCAUCAACUGGGUUGAGGGCUUCAAGAACACGAGCAGCAUGUCAGACAGUGGCAAGAUGCCGAUCGGAGGGGCGCCCAGGCAUCCCAACGUCGUGUCCCUGCCCAUGCGCACGAACAUGAAGUUCGGCUGGCGCCCAGACAUGCCAGACCAUCGCGACCUCCAUUUAACCUUUGGCAAGGUUGAUGCUCCUAGCCACAUCAAGAAGAAGGCCGAGGGAGCGAAGGAGAUCAUUGACCUGCGACCCAUGAACGGUGGCUUCCCCAUCUUCGAUCAGGGACAUCUCGGCAGCUGCACAGCAAACGCUUUGGCAGCAGCCUUCCACUUCACCCUCCACAAGAUGCAGGUGGAAAACCACAAGGAUUUCGCAGACUUCACUCCCAGCCGACUGUUCAUCUACUACAACGAGCGACUCGUCGAAGGCAGCGUGAACCAGGACGCCGGUGCCAUGCUCCGCGAUGGCAUCAAGACGAUGUCCAAGGUCGGCGUUUGCCCAGAGAGCGUCUGGAAGUAUGAUGACCAGCAUGAUUUCUUCAAGCAGCAGCCCAAUGACAAGGCCUACGAGCUUGCACAGAAGUGCAAAGUCGUCGGCUAUGCGCGUGUGGCACAGGACUUGAGUCAGUUCAAGAUGUGCAUCAAGAGCGGCUACCCCUUCGUCUUCGGCUUUGCCGUCCUGACAAGCUUCCAGACAGCGGAGGUUGCCCGGACCGGCAAGAUGGUGAUGCCCCAGGCAACCGACCAGCAGCUGGGCGGCCACGCCGUGUGCGCCGUAGGCUACGACGACUUCCAGCAGUGCUUCAUCGUCCGCAACUCCUGGGGAGAAGCGUGGGGCGACAAGGGCUACUUCUACAUGCCGUAUGAGUACAUCUGCCACCCUGCGCUGGCCCACGACUUCUGGGCCAUCAACUGGGUCGACGGCUUCAAGAAUGCGAGCACCAAGAAUCCGAUCAAGAAGUGA